CGUCCUCAUCGAUUUUUACUCGCCCGCACUUUUCCGCUCGCUCCGCAUCCCCAUCCUCCGUAAUGCCGGCGUUGCAGCAUCCUUGCGGCAUCGAUUGACCGCGUUGCGCUCUCGCACCCGUCAAUCCAAAAGCAGCCAAGAAAAACUUCCGCCACCCGUCGACGACGCUAAGCCUAACCGCGCAGGCGGCGGGACGCCUUUUCACCCAACGUCAUGCGGCCAGCCAGCGAAUGCGUUCCGCCCGCCGACCCGACCGCCACGACGGUCGUUCGCGCUGCAGUUCCGACGGUGGGAAAUGGAGACGGCAUCGGCACCGGCCUGCCGUUCGACAGCACCAAGUCCAAGAUCUACGAGACCAAGCGACACAAGAAGAUUGUGCGACUGAUGACGGUCAUGGCGUACGUUCUGUCCGUCUCGCUAGCGGCCAUGGUGCUCUCCCUCUACUACCUGUUCCUCUGGAAGCACGACAUGCAGUCGGAGCCGCUGCCGACGUCUACGGUCAAGGGCGUGGAAAGAUCCAAGUCUCACACGCUGGGGCCCGGCAACGAAUCUUGUCCCGAUCUCGGUGCAAUGCGGAUGAGCGAGAAGGUUGACGUGCCGUCGACCAAGGUGGUUCUGGCAAGGACUACUACGGCUGAUCCGCCGGUGGUUGUGACUGAGGUCAGAAGUACGGUCAGCCCUACUGCUGCUGCUACCGAAGGUUCGAGUACAACUGUUGAGGCUACGUCGACGGAGCCGCAGACGUCGGUGGUCUCAGUGUCGGUGAUGGAGAAUGUCACCCAGUCUUCCAGCGCUGUCGGACAGGUGACGGAGGCGGAAGAGACGCUAGAAGUCAAAGGACCCGCUACGGUGGUGGAUAGAUGAGGUUAAGUCAGUUCGUACGCCACGCUGAAGACGUCCUGGGCAAGCCGGCGCGCCAGACGGAACCCGUCAAGACGGAGUACACAGCCGCGAGCGUUGCCAUAAUAUACGCACCAUGCUGUGGAUAGCGAGGGUUCCGUGGGACCCGCAGCAUAUUUAUAGCUCCCAGGCGGAAACGCUCUCUUUGGACUCGGAAUUUGCUCGGUGCGGGAGAAAUCGCGUGAGGGGGGCCUGUGUGUACCAUAUAAUCCCUGUAAGCGUGGCCAUUUCUGAUGAUCGUAUUAAUCGUUUGUUUUCUAGCGCUUCGUUGACACGAUGGUUAUUUCAAUGACCACCGUAGUGGCGACACUUCAAAUCUUGGGAGGAGCUUUUAUUUUCCCCGCUCAUAUGGAUGUUUCCACGUUCAUUCGGUAAGCAUGGGCGUCUAUUUGCCUCGGAUGAAAAAAUUCAGGAACUUGGGCGCAAGCAUUCGUUUAUUGCCUAAUUUCCGCGGGCCAUAAAAAUAUCCGCUUGUGCUUGCACCGAGCGCGCUCUCGUGGCUCCGGGAGCUGUUCCCAAUGCACGAAGUAGCGUAUACGCGUUUAGCACCGCGUGCAUUUUUGAUUUCACGCCCGUGAGUUUCCGAAUAGCUCCAGGGUGGCGAGCUGAGUUGAGACGGAGUCUUCACUCAAGGUUUGCUGAGCACUGUACGAGGCAUGGACGUGGCUUCCGAAAGGGCUGACCGUGCACGAGCUAGGUCAGGUCGCUCGAACAUACAUUUCAGUUCAGUUUACUCAUCCUCAAAGGCAUUUCGAUCAAGUGCGUUACAUCUAGGGAGACUAUAGUAUAACACAUUAAAGGUUACCCGAAUAACAGAUCGGUUAAUUAUGAACAUCGGGGUAUACGCGUUCGCGCCUGUCGGUUUCUUGACGUUGCGCAGUGCGUAUAGACCUUUUCCGUCUACUCUCGUCCUCAGCCACCUAAUAGGCGUAUCCGGUAUGGGCGACGAAAAAUUAUUAAAAGUUUUCAACCUGUAAAUAGUAAAAAAAUAGAGGAGAGGAAAAAUGAGAAUGUGGGACGGUUAUGCUUUUACGCUAAAUGCCUUCUACUGGCGUGGCGACGGCAAAACAAUGUUUUCGCCCAAAUUGGAAGUGACGACAAUUCAAGAUGGCCGCGCCCUUGCGAAAAAGGUCUAGACAACCUGUGAGAUGGAUGCGCCGCGCCGUGAAGCAUGAUCCCGAAUUCUACACCAGAGUAAAGAUCUCGCGUCCAACGUUGCUUUGUCUGGAACGCGACUCUGACCGGUGUGUUCACCGCCCUAUGUACACCACCUUCGCCGCUGUGCCACCGCCGGCAUCGCGGCCGGCAACCUGAUGAGUCUUUGUGACGUUGUCAGGCGGAGACCGGGGGACCCCAUGUGGGUACGCGGAAAACACACCAGCCGGAGACUCGUUCCGGGCACCAUACUUGGGCUGUAACGUGGUGUAAACACGAUGGGAGGAAAUAUGGGUGUAUCGUGAUUGCCCCCUGCCUCUCCCUCAGCAACGAAAAAAAAAAAACACUAAAGAGGCAAGGUUUUGGAACCGAGCCGUGAUGCCGCCCUCAACCAAAAACAAACAGUACCUGCUUUUGUUUCAUAGACAAGAAAAAAAAAAAAAACAGAAAUCGAGCGGAGGAUGUUUGUUUGUUUGGGCGACUGUUGCAAGUUCAUUGCUAAACUCGUCUGUCCGCUCGUCUUGUUGCAAAACCAAACAAGCGUCAUGCAUUGAAGUUCACUGUAUACAUAUAUUCCAAUGACGUAAGGCGUGCACUCCCCCGUGGCGACGCUUUUUAUGGCAUUGCACGCGCAAGUUUUUGGAGAUCAGCACGGGCGUUCCCCCCUUUGUCGUUAGGCGCGUGCGCAGUGCCAAAAGUGAUCACGUGACCGCACUGCUUUUUUCGGCGUGAGCACGUGACUCGGAAGGGGGUAUUCCCCUGAGCAGUCGCUCAGGGCCAAGGAAAUCACGGAAGCGAUCAGCCGUCUGCUGAGCCCACCCGCGCCCGCGUCUUUGAUGCUUUCAUAGCUUCAAAUUUGUUCGCCAGGUUCUGUUACAUUUGUUUUUCCUGUCGUCACAGCUAAACGCCUUCGUCUAUCCGCUCUGUAUACUUUUGUCAAUUCUGACGUCACAGCUCCGUGCCAAAUCCUCAAGAUAUUUCGGCCGCCUGCAGCUAGCGGCAAACUUCUGAGAGAAGUUUCGACUGAGCCGCCAAUGGAUCGUGAUUGUUCUUUUUAGUCUUUUGAUAACUGUCAUAGACAUGUUGCAAGGUAAAGGCCGAACUUGUAAGGGACUUGGUUUCUCCUUAACGCCAGACACAUCCGACGCUACGAGCUAAUGGAUCCAAUUAAACGGCGUCAAAAGCUCAAAUCACUGGGCCUUUUCUGUUUAUGUUUAUAUCUGAUCAGUCCCACCAGCUCGUAGCGUUGACUGCGUCUGGAUUUAAGGUAAAACAAUGUCACAC